AUGAAUACCGAACAGGCCUCGACAUCUCGGAGAGUCGGAGGAUACGCGUUGCGUAUCGGUCAUGUGACCCAGUCCUCCGUCAUCAAAGCCGGCCAGAUCAGAUCUGUCGCAUCGUCAACUGCUUUGCCCAGGAUGGUCUCUGCCUGGUUCUCACGCAGCAGCCGACUGCUGUUGCUUCUCCUCACAGUUUUAUCUCUCACCUCACUGGUAGUGGCAUCUACACCAACCUCGUUCUGCAAGUGCACCUGUUUCUCAAACAGCACCAUCAUCCCCCUCAAUCCCGCCAAGUCCGAAACCUCCUCUGGCAUCGACCACGUCCUCUUCUUCGAGCGCGCCUCCGUCACCUCCGAACUCGAGCAAGCCGAUGAGCACACAAAACGAGGCCAGAAAUAUCGAUCAUUAAAUUGCAAUGAUUGCAACCGCAAGUUCUGUCUCGACUACGAGCUACCGACGUGCAAGGGCGCUAAAGAGGAAGAUGUGUACACGACUUGCUUCCAACGAGACUCACGAAAAGACGAGGCGGUGGUUUUUAUUUUCAUCAUUGCGACGGGUGGCCUACUGGCCUGGGCUGCCUGCAAGCCCUGGAUCGAGCGAUACGUUGAGGCUGCACGAGAACGCAGGUCGUAUAUUCCUGUUGCUGAACCUGAUCGCUGA